AUGGAAGAUAAAAUUUACCACGGCGGUGGUGAUACUUACGCGUUGGAGGUGACGGCAGAAGAACUGCAAAAGCUGGUCAGCUGUUCCGCGUCGGCUGCAACGGGGUGUGGAGUACUACGGUGGUUGAAAGGAGUAUUAUAUUCGAAUGGUGGCAAAAGUUUUCGUUUCUCGCUGGCAAAUUGUUUAGGAUGUAGUGAAGCCAUUGUUAGUGAAACAUAUCCGAAUUUUCUUAACAAUUACAAGAAUCCAGAAUUUUUGCAAUCAAGAGCUAUAUUGGCAGGAACAAUUGAAACGGUUGACAUCAUAAAUCAAUAUGUUUUGGGAUUCAUACCAGGUGAAGAAAAGGAAUAUUUAAGUUCAGAUUCUGUAGACACUUUUGACGGUGAAGGAAAUGAAGCUUUUGAUGUUUUGACCCCAGAAUUUUUGAAUACACUUACAACUUCCAGUCUACCUAACCACAAGAUUAAAUUAAAGAUUGGGACCCCUAUUAUGUUGCUUCGAAACAUUGAUCAACCUGAAGGUCUCUGCAAUGGAACAAGGCUUAUAGUUACAAGAUUGGCAAACCACGUUAUCGAGGCAAAGAUUAUAUCUGGAAAGAAUAUUGGAGGGGUUAUCUAUAUUCCAAGAAUGGAUAUGACUCCAACACAAUCUCCGUGGCCAUUCAAAAUGACUAGAAGGCAAUUUCCCAUAACUAUAUGUUAUGCUAUGACAAUUAACAAAUCUCAAGGUCAGUCAUUGGAUUAUGUUGGAUUGUAUUUGCCUAGAAGUGUAUUUAGUCAUGGUCAACUAUAUGUUGCAAUAUCAAGGGUCAAAAGCAAAAAAGGGCUUAAGAUAUUAAUCCAUGACAAGGAUAACCAUCAAUUGAAUUCUACAACAAACGUCGUGUUCAAAGAAGUUUUUGAAAGCUUAUAG